GCUGACACACAAGUGGUUUGGAUCUACGAUUCGGAUCUCUUUCCAUUCUACCAAGCAGAACUCUACCACCAGUUUCAUGAUGACGUGGGGACAAAGUACCCGGCAACUUAUCGAGCUUUGAAAGAUGCAUUGUUGAAAAAGGGAACCCUUCGAUCUGUAAGCUGUCCAGAGGAAGAGUUCUUUGAAGGACAAGCAGAAGUCGUUGAUGAUCCAAUUAACUUUGGCGCAGCAGGGCCUGAUCCUUUUGACAACAUCAUUGGCAUUUUUAAAGACCCCAACCCUCCACUGCCAGAGAAGACUGGCAAGAAGAGGUUUGAAGCGAAGCAAGGGUAGCCAGGAACUUCCCUGGUGGAGGUUUGUGCGCAACAGGAGUCAGACAAAAGAGGCGAAUCAUCAUGUUUAAGUUUAAGCAUGCUUUUGUUGCGCCAAAAAGGUUUGAUGACUGGUGUUUGCCUUGCCAUGCUAUGAGAACACAUGCGACGUUUCCUUGAAUGCCAGGCAAUUCAAACUAUGGGGUGAUCAUCCACAAGGGGUUUAUGUCCACAAACGAGCCCGAAAGCCAAUCCAAAUGCAAAUGGUCAUGCAAUCUCCAUGGUUGAGAAACUGAAAGGGUUCGAAGACAAGACUUGAGAAAGCAGGCCUUCACAUUGUUGAGAGCAGGAGGGCUUGCUGGGCUUGCCGACGCAUGAUUUGAGAUGGGGCUGGGCAAGAGAGAGGUUUUAGGGAGGCAAGCCAGGUACAAAGAGGAUGCAAGAGAAGAUGCGCUUGAAAAGCAGAUGUUUCUUUUCCAUCAGGACAUGAAUUCAGUCUUCACGGUUACACCGUUUCUGGUAGGGCCCAUAGCAGCUGACAUGAGCAUUUUCCGGGUAGAACCCUCGUCCAAAGAAUC